AUGGAAUUUAAUGUGGGAUGGCCAAAAAUUAUAAAACUAUCAACUCAAUUGGUUGGCCACAAAUUGCAGCAAUAUCGUUUGGCUACUAACAAAACGGAGGUGGUCGAUACAAAAUAUGGCCAGGUUAGAGGACUGCAGCGAAAGACCAUUUACGACGGGGAAUUGUACUAUGCCUUUGAAGGAAUACCCUUUGCGAAGCCCCCGGUGGGAGAAUUACGUUUCCGAGCGCCACAACCGCCAGAGCCGUGGCAAGGUGUCCUCGAUUGCACUUCAUAUAAAUCGAAACCGCUGCAAACAAAUAUGAUUUUGGGCAUUGUUGAAGGAUCCGAGGAUUGUCUCUACUUGAAUGUCUAUGCCAAAACACUCAAUUCGGAGAAGCCACUGCCCGUGAUUGUGUGGAUCUAUGGAGGUGGUUUCCAGAAGGGUGAAGCCUCCAGAGAUAUUUAUAGCCCGGACUAUUUUAUGAAGCAGCCGGUAAUUUUGAUUACCUUUAACUACAGGCUGGGAGCAUUGGGUUUUCUUAGCUUAAAGGAUCGCAAGUUAGAUGUGCCAGGCAAUGCUGGACUUAAGGAUCAAGUGCAGGCUUUACGUUGGAUUAGUCAAAAUAUAGCACAUUUCAAUGGCAAUCCAAAUAAUAUCACAGUAUUUGGUGAAAGUGCUGGAGCAGCCUCAACGAAUAUUUUAAUGUGCACCGAGCAGACACGUGGACUCUUUCAUAAGGCGAUUAUACAAUCGGGUUGUGCUCUAAAUGAAUGGGCGGAGGCUCCAGAUCUAAAUUUCCCCUAUCGCCUGGCCAAGCAAAUCGGCUAUAAGGGAAGCCAAAAAGAUUGUGAUGUUCUGGAGUUUCUCAACAAGACAUCGGCGCAACAAAUUGCAAAGGUUGAUCAAGAUACGAUUACAAAAGAUGAAAUGCGGAGUUUCCUUCUAUUUGCCUUUGGUCCUGUCAUCGAACCCUACGAGGCUGAUCACUGUGUGGUGCCGAAACGACAUAAGGAUAUGUUAAUGAAUGCCUGGGGCAAUGAGAUUCCCUUGAUCCUUGGUGGAAAUUCAUUUGAGGGGCUCUUUUCAUAUCAACUUGUUAGGGAUGAUCCAUGGACGUUGGAAAAUUUUCAUAAUAUUCCUCCACGUGAAGUGAAGGAUGCGAGCACCCACGAGGAAUUGGAACAAUUAGUUCGAAUUCUAAAGGUUGCUUACUUUGGCAAUGCUGAGCAAAAGUCCAUGGAUAUAUUUGAAGCCCUUAACAUAUAUUCCCAUCGACAAAUCUGGCACGAUCUUCAUAGGGUAGUCCUGAGUCGGCUGGCGUAUGCCUCAAAAACGCCCACCUACCUCUAUCGUUUUGAUUUUGAUUCACCGCAUUUUAAUCAUUUCCGUCGUCUUGUCUGUGGCGAUGAAAUUCGAGGCGUUUGCCAUGCCGACGAACUUUCCUAUUUGUUCUACAAUAUAAUGUCCGCAAAAUUAGAUAAAUCUACUGCGGAAUAUCGUACGAUAAAACGCAUAGUUGGCAUGUGGACAGCUUUUGCUGCUAGCGGUAGUCCCAAUUGUAAGGAAAUUGCACCGGCCGAAUGGAAGCCAGUCAAGUUGGCCCAAAGCGGAGCUGAGAUGUGUUUCAAUAUCAAUCACGAUUUAAAAAUGAUUGAACUGCCUGAGGCUGAAAUAUUGGCAACCUGGGAUAGCUUUUAUCCCAAAGGAGAUCUCUAUUAAAGAUUAAAGACAUUCUGUAGAUAUAGAAACCAUAUUUUCCAAGUGCUAUAUGUAAAAACUAUUUUUUUUUUCAU